UUCACUGGGCUGCCUGCCAUUGGCACAUGGCACUAAGUUAAAUGAUUAGGGAACGUACAAUUUCAUCAGCAAAAAAAAAUUAACAGGUUAAAAAGUAAUAAUAGUAGAUAAGAACCUAGCUGAACCUAAACCAUAACAAAAUAAGAAUUGUUUCUUUUUGUUAAGGAUAAGCUGAGUUCCUUGAAAACCUGUGUCAGUAGAUGGAUACUGGCAGAAUCUGCAAUCAAAAAGACUUUUUCUACAAAUUCAUCCAAACUCCCAGAACCCCAUAAAAAAAGUCGCGGAGAUUCCCUUCAAGAUCAAACACUGGAAAUCUCACCAGAUGAAGAAAGAGAUGCAGGUGAAAUUACACAAGGAACCAUGUCUUUGCAACAGUCUCCUACAUUAGAAGACCAGCAUCAAAAUGAAGAAAUUAAACAGGGACAGUUUUUUUCAUUAGACAUUUUCAUACAGACAGAAAAACAUGAAGAAACAUUAACAGAUGAUGAGUUUUCAGAAUACUUAAUGAAUGUUAGACAAAUGGAAGAAGUGGAGAGGCAGAUGUGCAAAUUCAAGGAGAGAGAGGAGAGAAUCAAAGAACAAAUACAGAAUGCUAUGGAGAACAUGGAGAAAAAGAAUCAAGAGAUUGAAAGGCUCAUUAUGGAUAUAUAUGAACCGCAGAGCCAGAGACCAGAAAUCGGAUUAACAAUGACAUUCAGGAAAAGUGUACAAGAAGCAACGGAUGAGUCAGACUUUAUGAUACUGGAUAUUGAAAAGCAAAAACAAAAUCAGGAAUCAAAAACAGAUCCACUGACACAUAAUGGGGGGAAGGAUGGAGGUUCUGAAAUACAUCUGAAAGAAGAAAUGAGUGACAUGAAAUCAGUGAAAACUGCUGCAAAGAAACAGAAGAGAGAACUGGAUCAGCUGCAAGAGAAAACCUUGAGAGAGAGAGAGAAAUUGGAUCUUUUAAAAAUAAAAAUGCAGAAACAGACUGAUGUGAUCAGUGAGAAGAUGAAGAAAAUGGUAAAAGUAAAGAACAUUGUAGAGAAAUCGACUGUUAAUAUCAGAAUUAAAAAUGAAGAUAUAAAGAUUAACAUAAAGGAGACUGAAGUAAAUCUGAGAAAGUUAGAAGCCCUUAACUACAAGUUUGAAGCCACAAAACACAAUCUGGAAAGCAGUUAUCUUUUAAUAUCCCAGCAGAGAGCUGAGCUUGAAAAAUGUAUUAAUAAAAUCAAGCAGAAAACUGAUGGAGAAUAUGCCUUGGAAAACACUGAGAAGAAAUUUAACAGUGCUGAAACCAACACAGAAAGGGACAAACUGACAAAGAUAAGAAUGCGAAAAGAAAUGGAGGAAAUGGAAAUCUUAGGACUCCAAUCAGAUAAGGAAAAACCAGAGACGGACGUAACGCUGACAAUGAACAGUAUGGAUCAGAGAAACAGUGGAACUGAAGAAUUCCAAAAUUCAAUUAGUGAAGAAGAGAUGCAGAGACUACAGAUUCAAGUAGAAUUAGGUGAGAUAGAAAUACAUGAGAUUAACUGUUUAAGGGAGUCAAUCAAAAGACAGACACAGGAGCUUGAAGACAGAGCGCAAAUAGCCAAAAGAGAAAUACGAGAAAUGGAGCUGCUGAAGUCAGAAGUGGAAAUAAAGAGAAAAGAAUGUGAACAGAUGCUUAGAAAAAGCAUGAGAAAAAAAGAGGAGAGUGAAAACUUGUUGAAUAAACUGCAAAGAGAAAAGGAAUUACUGAGGAGAGAGACAAGUAAGAAAAGAAGAGAAUUAGACCAAAGACUUGAGAAAACCAUGAGAGAGAGAGAUGAAUUGGAAGUGCUGAGGAUAAAACUGCAACAACAGAAGGAAGAGCUUGCUGUGGAGAAGCAGGUGAGAAGCAACAAGGAGAAAGCUGAAAUGAUACAUCAAGCAUCAGAGGUCAUUGACCCCCAAACCAUGAGACAAAAGAUUAACCUUCUUUUGGAUAAGGUAAAGGGAAUUCUGGAAAAUGUGAAUGUUAACUUAGUGAAACAAAGAGAAGGGCUCAAAGCAUUACAGGGUGAGAACAGAACCAUAAGAGAUAACAUGGUCAAAGUAAAAUCUCAGAUAAAGCUGGCCUUUAAAAAACUGGCUGUACAAGUGGAGACAGAGAUGAAUCAAAUUGUCCAAAUGAAGGAUGAUGUGCAAAAACAAAAAUAUGACCUUGAUGUCGGACUACAGAAUGUUAAAAGAGAACGAAGAGAGAUGGAAGUGUUGAAUACUGAGUUGGACAUCACAAAAAGAGAAAAUCAACAAAUGAUACGAAAAGGCAUUCGAAAAGAUCAGGAAGUAAGAAAAAUGUGGGCAGAGGUAAAAGAAGAAAAAGAUAUCCUCAAGAGGGAGGUACGGAGGAGGAAGAAAGAGCUUGACCAGCAGUUGGAGAGGAUUAUCAGAGAGAGAGAUGAACUAGAAAUUAUGAAGAUGCAAAGAGGAAAGGAUGAUAGCAAAAGCGUGGCAGAGCAGCUGAAGGCAUCAUGCACCACAAAUGCUGAAAAUAAUAGUCAAAGGCAUUGGGAACUAAUUAACAUAUGUAUGGAGAGGUGUAAACACAUGAAGAAAGACAGUGAAGGUUUGCAUGAAGCAAUAAAAAAUGGAAAUCAACAAAUCAAGGUCCAGGCAGAAAUCAUUAUCCAGGCAAAGGAGGAAGUGGAAAUUACCAGGAAGGAGAUAAAAAGACAAAAGGACAUGAUGAUGUGUCUAUUAAAGGGCAUUCAGCAAAAGCAAAGAAAUUUGGAGCAAGUGGAAGUUCAUUUUAGUGAAGAAAUUAAAGCAAUAGAAAAAGACAAGGAGGAAGGUGCAGAGAAAUCAGAAGAGUUUGUCUUGAUAGAAACUAAGUUUCUUAAAUUGCAGAGGUCAAUCCUCAAAGUUGAACAACAGAAACAAGACAAAACUCAAAGACAAAUGAAGAGGCUGCUGUACAUUACUGACAGUGAAAAGGAAUUAGAAAUUCCAGAAACCAAAAGGAAAAUGGUGCAAACCCAGACAGACCAAUCAAAGGAAAAAAAGGAGGAGGCCCAUUGUGGUAAAAAUCAAAAAACAGAAGAGCAGAUGACAAGUGAAAUAAAAGAAGAAAUACCUUCAGAUGAGCAGCAGAGAACAUUUGUGUUGAACAUGAACAAACCACUUCAAAUGGACAUUAAGAAGGAAAACAUUUUAAAGGAAGAAAGGUUCACUGAACUUGAAGGACUGAAAGAAAACAUGGAUUGUUACACUGAGCUGCUGGGCAGGGACAAGGAGGGUCUGAUAA